AUGAAAUGUGAUGAGGAUGUUAGGAUAUUACAGGAUGACGUGGACAAGUUAGCCAACUUGCUGGCCAUUAUAAUACUAUCACAAAGACAGUGCAACCUUUCCCGAUGUGUCACCUACUAUCUGGUCGCCAUAGCGGUAGCUGAUUUCCUUGUCAUCAUCACUGGGUGCAUCCUCAACCGCAUCAGCCGCAUUUACUUCAGCUACAGUGUAUUGUCCACAACUCCUGCAUGCUGCCUCAAUGCUGCACUCGUCUAUGCCACACGGGAUUGCUCGGUUUGGCUUACCGUGGCCUUCACCGUUGACCGUUUCAUAGCUAUUUGCUGUCAGAGUCUGAAGACCAAGUACUGCACUGAGAAAAGUGCUUCAGUGAUUAUCGGAGUGAUAUAUGCUCUGAGCUGCUGCAAGAACAUCCCAUUCUACUUCAUCUACCAGCCUUUGUACAUUCAGGAUGGUGUGCCCUGGUUUUGUGAUAUCAAACCGACCUUCCACACGUCUCCCGCCUGGCAGACAUACAACUGGCUGGACCGCAUCUUAGCUCCUUUUCUCCCAUUCCUUAUCAUUCUUUUGUUAAAUGUCUUGAAUGUAAGACAUAUCUUAGUGGCAAGCAGAGCCCGUAAGAGGCUACUGGGUGCUGAAAAUAGUGAAGACACAGAGAUGGCCAACCGCAAGAGGUCAAUUAUUCUUCUCUUUACAAUCUCUCUCAGCUUCCUGCUCCUCUGGGUGACAUAUAUUGCGCGUUUCCUGUACAGAAUGGUUACUGGUGACGAAUACGUAUCAAGCUUGGGUUUCAGUAACCAGCAGUACAUUCUUCAAGAGACGACCAACAUGCUCCAGUUACUUAGUUCCUGCAACAAUUUCUUUAUUUAUGUGGUGUCCCAGAACAAGUUCCGUGAGGAGUUGAAGAAGGUUCUGGUGUAUCCCUUUACCAGGCCUACUGAUCGGUUUCUGUAA